CCGGGAUCUCGCUUCGGAACCCGUUUGAGCCACAGAAUCAAAACAGAGACUUGGAGAGAUGGAGCUGUCAAGCCUUCGUCACAUUUUCAUAACAUUUAUCUGUCUUUCCUCACAGCUUACUUGUGGGUCUGCUGAAGAGUGCCGAGACAGCAUGUAUCCUCCCAAGGGCCCAACGUUUAAAGGUAAUGUCACCUGGUACACCCUAAAUCUUGAUUUACCCCCCAGUGAGAGGUGGACUCAUGUGGUAAAGGAGAAAAAAGCUGAACUGGUAGCAAUGAUACAAGCAAUAAAAGAUUUAGCUGGUGGCUUUUUCCAUGGAAAACUGAUUCAUUUAGUGGACAAUGAGUUGCCUUUGAUAGUGGACACACUCCCUUACCCUUUUAAUGAAGAAAUUAAAGGAAUUGCUGCUGUCUCUGGUGUCCCAUUGGGAGAAGUUGUGCUGUUUAAUAUCUUCUAUGAGGUUUUCACUGUGUGCACAUCAGUAGUUGUGGAAGACUUAAAAGGGAAUAUAUACCAUGCACGGAAUAUGGACUUUGGAUUGUUUAUGGGGUGGGAUCGAACAAAUCAAACCUGGACCAUAACUGAGAAGCUAAAGCCACUUGUUGUGAAUGUUGACUUCAAACGAAAUAACAGAACAGUCUUCAAGUCAACCAACUUUGCAGGAUAUGUGGGAAUGCUCACUGGCAUUAGACCUAAAGAGUUUACUCUAACAAUGAAUGAGCGCUUCAACGUUGAUGGAGGGUACAUAGGAAUCCUGGAAUGGAUUCUUGGCGAGAGAGAUGGAAUGUGGAUGAGCUUCCUCACUCGCAGAGUUCUGGAAAAUGCAACCAGUUACGAAGAUGCCAAAAACCAGCUUGCUCAGACCAAGCUACUUGCCCCAGCCUACUUCAUCUUGGGCGGAAACCAGACAGGUCAGGGUUGUGUAAUAACCAGAACUAGAAUCAACACGCUGGACAUCUGGGAGAUUGCCUUGAAGCUUGGCAGAUGGUACGUCCUUGAAACAAACUAUGAUCACUGGGAAGAGCCAUUCUUUCUGGAUGACCGGCGGACACCGGCUAUGAAAUGCAUGAAUAAAACCACCCAAGCAAACAUCACAUUGCAGACAAUAUAUGAUGUCCUUUCAACAAAACCUGUUUUAAACAAGCUGACUACCUACACUUCACUAAUGGAAGUUUCAACUGGUAAACUGGAGUCUUACAUCAGAGCCUGUCCAAAUCCAUGUAACCCUUGGUGAUUCAUCACCACAAUGUGAUGUGUCACCACAAAUGAAAAGCUGUUUUAAAUACCAUGAUGGCUAUUGCUCUACCUCUUAAAUAUCGUCAAGUAAUAUUAAAUGUCAUUUUUAUGGCAACUUUUAUUAUUUCUCCAAAAAUCUUGUAAUACAAGUGUAAAUAUUUUAUUUUGUGACCACACUGUGACAGUAGCCACUGGUUUUGUGAAUGGAAAGGAGUUGCAUUACUUAUUAAAUUACAACAGACUGUAUGAUCUUGACUGUAUUAAAAUGUAAUAAAUUAAUUUUUAUAAUUUUUAUUAUAAGGA